AGCGCGCGCGAGUAGACGCAGAUAGAGAUACAUUUCUGGGCAUUACUCACUAAUCCGCCAGAUACAAAGAUACGUUUCGCAGUACGCCAGACGAUUGCAACUGGCAAACUGGAUUUACCACCCCAAAAAAAUAAACGAAAAAGAAGAAGUAAUACAAGAAAAAGUAGAAAACCAAAACAAUAGCCGCAACUACAAGUCGUGUUAAGUGAAAAACGAAGCCAAUUGCAGUAGCGACCGAAAACUUUCAAAACCCGAGCCAUAGCGAAAUAGGAAAAGUAGUUCAGAGCGUGAAAAGUACGUUAUAUGCUGCAAAAGUUGUGAAACGAAACGUAUCCGAGAGAUACAAUCCCACUGGGAGAGCAAAAGCAAAAGCAAAAGCGAGAGCGAAGCAAAGUGCAGUUUCCAGUAGCAAAUACCAUUUAGCAACCAAACAUAUUUAUAACCCAAAACGAAACCAAACAAAUAAUAAAGGCUGAUAAAUUGAAUACAACCGAAAACACAAAUUUUCCAACAACUCAACCUCGACGACGAUUCGCAAGACAAACUAUUGUUGGAUUAACAUUUAUUUUUUCUGAUCAAGAAGCGAACGGAAGCGACAUGCAAGUGGAAUCGAGCUAUCCCAAAUACGCCGGACGUGUGCCACCUUUGGACCUCACCCAGGUGAACGGUGCUCAGGAUCUGUGGGGCGGCACUGGUGGCGUCAGCACAUCCGCCAGGCGCCACCUGCAUCAUCCCUACCAAAUGCUGGACAAGUGCCGUGGCGGCGUUACCCUGAUCAACACCACAUCCAACUCCUCCCACUCCGCAUCAUCCUCCUCCUCCGCUGAUAAUAAUAACAAUCGACUGAUGAGCGCGGAUGAUGGCACCACCAGCCUGCUGCAUCCCAUGGGCUCCGAUGGUCUGCCACUGGAUCCGCGCGAUUGGACGCGGGCGGAUGUGUGGAAGUGGCUGAUCAACAUGGCCGUAUCCGAGGGACUGGAGGUGACCGCCGAACUGCCACAGAAAUUCCCAAUGAACGGCAAGGCAUUGUGCCUCAUGAGCCUCGACAUGUACCUGUGCCGCGUUCCCGUGGGCGGCAAGAUGCUCUACCGCGACUUCCGGGUGCGACUCGCCCGAGCAAUGGCCCUGUAAUCAUACGGAUUUUGGGAUCAUAUCUCACGGAUACCCAUGCUCUAUGGUUGUACAUAUCUCUAGGAUACGUUUCUAGUUGUAGUUCUAGUUUCUAGUUCAGCUAGCUGUAAUGCCUAGUCGUUAGUUCUGCUCGUCAUCUAAGUAUUAGCGAUAAUAAACUGCAUUUCAAUAUUGUCAACUUCCACUUCCAAUUGCAUUUGGAUUUGGAUUUGGAUUUGGUUUGGAGUGAAUAGCACAAAAAAAGAGUGAAGUUAUAAUGCUGUCCUAUUAGCUAAGUAAGUGCGCAUAUGAUGAAAAUAUAAAAUGAAAUUUUAUAACUGAA